CCAUCUACAUCUGCUUGUGUACAAAAACGCGUCCUCUGAGAGCACCUCUGCUUACGGCUGACCUGAAGACCUUCAACUUGCUUUCCUGUACUACCCUUUUCUAUGCUGCGAACUUCUUACGCGCAGUUUCCACCCUCUGGGAUCACGAAGGCCGCGAGGCCUUCUCUACACGCAGUCUGAAUGCCGGAGAACGGCAAUCCACACCCACAGCCAUAAAACAGAACCUGUACACACGCACACAGAAGCUCAAAGAGAUAUACAUAUACAUGUAGAUUUCACUUUUCUGUUUUAUUUUGUACUUAUCUUCAAACUGAAAAAAUGAAUUUAGGGUCAUCGAGCAGCCGAAGAACGAUCGAAGAAAACGAUUACUUCGAUACAAAAGAACAAGAAGCGAUUAUAGAAAAAUUUAGGGAACAAAAUGACCAGACAAAGACCUUAUGCAAGAGAUUCAUUGUCCUCGGCGGCGUUAUUUUUGGUGGAAUUAAGGGCUAUUUCUUGAUGAACCAGAUCAUGCAUCCGUGGAGUAUAGAGCCACAUAAGAGUUAUGAAGGCCAAAUUCCCUCACUCAUCAUCAUUAUGUGGGAGUUCUUGUCAAUGACUUUAUAUUUAUAUGCUCCCGUCUAUAUCAUUUCUAAGGACUUCCAAAAAAAACGCAAAGUGAACCUAAUCCCAUACAUUGGCACAAUAUUUUUUACUAUGACGUGGAUCUUAUUUGUGGGUUUUAAAUUCAAUCCAGAACUAAUAUGGUUUUUCUUAGGUAAUCUUGCGUACCAUAUCGUUUUCAAGUAUGCGGAAUACAUGUCCUCGGAUAGUGAGAGGCAAAUAAGGGAGCUAAGAGCUUCCAUGUACAAAUUCAAUAAACCCUAG